CUCGAUUCGAGAAAUCGAAAGGUGUAAUAGAAUUAUCUCCUCUUCUUCGUCCUCUCUCUGUUCGACUCAAAUUUAUUCAACUCCAAAAUUCAAUCAAGAGUAAACCUUUUCUGUUAUUGUUUUGGAAAGAAAAGGCAAGAAGAUGCAAGGAAACGAAGAACUUAGCAUUGAUGAACUUGCUUCAAAUCUUUCAACCUAUAAGGAACAGCUGCAGCAGAAUGUGUUAUCUCUUUAUAUUUUGUUUUCUUAUUUAAAUUGUUACAAGAGUGAUUUUUUGUUCAUCGUUUAUGAUUUCCAGGUGGAUCCUGGCAAUGUAAGGCUAAUCCAAGAAGGAGAGGUCAAUGCUUUUGUGGAAGCUGAGAGAGUAGCUGAAGCUACAAAACAGGCCAUCAAACGGAAGAUUGCACAAGCUGCCACCACCGACUUCCAAUCACGAACUUUACCAGCCAAGCUUCGUAUAGAUCCUGAUGAUCCUGAAGAUGUGAAAGCUGCUAAGAAAAAGAAGAUACAUGCUUUCAAGUCGAAGGUCAGGCUUGAGCAACUGGAAGUCACACAAAAUAAGCGACAGAAUGCAUGGCAGCAAUUCCAGACAACCAAAGGCCAUACUAAGAAGACUGGGUUCUUCUCGGGGCGCAAGCGUGAGAGCAUCUUCAAGUCUCCAGAUGAUCCAAAAGGGAAGGUUGGUGUCACUGGCAGUGGAAAAGGAUUGACGGAUUUCCAGAAGAGGGAAAAACACUUGUAUCUCAAAGGUGGAACUGUUGAAGCAGAAGAGUAGGGUGUGUCAGGAAAUCCGUAUCUCUCACUCAUUGUGAUUGCAUAACCUUUUUCUCCAAAUUACCAUGUGAUGAUAGAAAUUUGUCUUCAGGAAACACAGGAUGAAUCACUUGGGUCCUGGAAACUGACCUUUCGUUAGCAGCGCAUGGCCAUGUUUAUGUAGUCUUAGUAAUUGCUUUAAUCUUUAUACCAAUGACUUUCUAUCCUA